AUGCACUUCCAUUCAGGCACUCUGAACUCUACAGCUCAAAAGCUUGUUCGACAGUGGUGUCCACGAAUGGCUAAGGCACCCAAGAGUAUCUAUGUCAGCACAAGUAGGCGCCGAAUAACCUAUACCAAUCCAAGUGUUGGUGCCGCCGCCCUUGCUGAGAGUGGGUAA